AUGAAACUUUCAAUCAAAACCCAAGAUCCUCAUCACCAGCACAACCACCACCACAAUCAGCCUCAGCCACCAGCUCCGCCGCAGAACAACCAAAACCUUCCACUCCUCUUCAGGGCCAAAAUCCCCAUUUCCAUUUUCAAUCUCCCUUUCAUUUCUGGAUUCUCCACCACCACUCAUCACCCUUCCGACCUCUCCCUUUCUCUCUCCACAAACUUUUCAUCUGGGCCCACUCUCAAACUUUCCUAUUCCACCGCCACCACUAGUUCCGCCGCCGCGACCAACGCCACCACCGCCGCCGCCGUCAUUCCUUCCGCCAGUAGCCCGCCACCACCGCUGACUCUUACACUCAAGUCAGGUAUUGGCCAAUUUGGUUCUCCUAAAGAUUCCCCUCUGGUUAUCUCUGCCAAUUUCUCUUACAAUCCUCAUCUUCCCAAUUCAAAUCCCACGUUUUCGUUGCUCUUUAAACCCCAAUUGGGUUCAUUUUGUUUAAAGAAAUCAACUUUCUCCCAUUCACCUGGGAGCCCAAGUGGUAAGAUCAAUGGGGAUGGUGUAAAUUCAUUUGGGUUUAUUCCUCUGGAGAGGCCAUUGAGUUUGAAGGACUUCUCAAUGGAAACUAACGGAAAAGAUUCGAUUUUGAGGGGAUUUUCUGUGAUGGCAAAGACGGAUAUGCCAGUUGGCAAGAGGGUUUUGAUGAGUUUAAGGUGGGGUGUGAACUUUCCGGAGGAUUUAAGUAAGCAAGUCCCGUAUUUGACUGUGAAUAAGAUUGGGAUUAAGAGGAUUGAUGAGGUUAAGCCAGUGAAAGAAGUGAAGGAGAAGAAGAGUGAGACUAAUUCUGGCGAUUCUGAGAUGUUGAAAGGCAUGUGUCUUUGGAUGAAAAGGGAAUUGGAUAUGCUGCAGAAGGAAAAUAGAGAGAUGAAACAUAGGUUGGAUGAAAUGAAGUUGGGUCACUUUGGGAGGGGUGGUGGCGGUGGCGGUGGCGUGACUGAGAUUUAUGCGAAGAAGUUGAGGCCCGCUGCAGAAGAUUCAAAUGGUUUUGAGUGGAGAAGCAAUAAGAAUAGGGGAGAAGAUAGUUCAAAGAAAGAAAUGAGGAAGAAUGGCGAUAAGGUGAGCGAUGUGGAGAGUGAAUUGCAGAGGGCUAUUAGAGCUGCAUCUUCUCCAUGAGUACCAGGCUUCGUCUUGGCAAUGAGAAGUCUUUCUCCCAUCUUCUGGUCCUCAGUCUUUGUAAGCUUGAGCUUUUUUUCUAAAACAUUGGAGAGGCAUGUUAAUCCGGGAGGAAAAACUCCGGGCUGGGCACACUAGAUGAGGUAAUCAGCAUCUAAACAUCAUCGUGUCGAUUUUCCAUGUUUGUACCCGUGCAUAAGCGGUAAGCCUAACCCAGCAAUAUAGCUCUCUAUUAGGGAAUCUAAGAGUUCCUGUAUUUGGAGGGAAUACUGUGAUGUAUGAGUCAAGAGAUGCAGCUCUCGUACUUUGGCUUUGAGGCCAUCUUGGACCGGAAACCAGGAAAUAUGCCCUUUUUAUUGAGCAAAUGAGUGAUGGUACAAGCUUGUCCCUAGAUCACCCGUCUUGGAAAUCCUCUUUAGGUUGAUAGUGACAAAUGAGAGCUAGAACAUCAAAUCUUCAUGAAGGUAUUGGGCAUCGUACUCUGUAUUAGAUACAACCAAAUCUUUGAGUAGUAAGUCAAAAUGGGUCGCGUGGAGUUGAAUUGAAUCAUUGUACCUGCAUUCAGAGUAUGAUAUAAAUAGCCCUGGAGCGUAAGGAGUCAUCUUUCACACCAAAUUAGAGAGCAUCAUCCUUGUAGUGCAUUUCAAACUCAUUACUCUCUCUGUCC